AUGAGAGCGUCAGUGACUUGUCCCGGGUUCGCAGGAUCAAUGGUCGACAGCUGCCCCUCCGCACCCUCAACCAGGAACAUCCCCUCCAAUUCCUACAUCUAUGAAAAAUACCGCCAAAUGAAAAGGCAAGAAAGUAAUGAAGACAGGAAAAUGGCCUUCGUGUCGCCUCCAGUCAAAGAAGGGAGACUGACCGGGCCGCGUCUACUCCGAGUGUUCCAAGUCGUGGUGUUGUUGUUGUCUCCACUGACUCCCAUAUUCAUGCUCCUCAUUCCCCGCUUCUGUCGAGUGCCCUCCGAAUUCCUGGUCUGCCAAGGGGACUGUCUCGUCUCCCUCUUCUCCUGCGUCUUCAGAAUUAUUCUGAUGCUGCCCCUCUGCUGUGUCCACUAUUCCACACUCGGGGGCUGCUCCACCAACACCGUCAAAUAUUGUCUGAGUCUGCACGUGACCAUCCUCUUCACUGGCUGGGUGUUCUACGUGGUGUACGUCCUCGAUAGCACUCUCACCUACCAGAGUGUCUCCAACUUUGUCCUGUACUCUCCUUGUAGUAUUCCCAGAUGCUUCACCGACCUGCUCAACCUGGCCCUCGUGGUGUCGGCCAUUGUCCUGUGGAGGGGGAGACUGGCCGGGCACUCAAUGGCCGUCAGUGUGGUCGAAUCCCCCACCGCACUCCACUACAGUCUCCGUGUGUCUGCUGGGGGAGUCGAGCAAGUGGCCGCCGCGGUGGUGGAAUAUUUCUACUCCUCCCAACAUGCCCAGGACGGGCCAGCAGGGGCAAUCUCUGCGGACUCCCACUGCAAGUCGGAGGUGUGUCGGUCGAGGAGGUAUCACGAGGAGGGACGAAAGGCGGCCAAAUUGGACAAGUGCAAGUGGAGAUUGGUCGAGGACUGCGAAAAUAUGUUCGAUACUGACCAAAUCAAAAGUUGUGGCCAUCACCUACGUAGACGUCGACACCAUCUUUGGGGGAAUUUCAAGAAGCCUGGAAAAAUACUUUCACUCGUCUGGGCAGUACUUUCGUCACAGCGUCAAGUCGGUCAAGGAAAACAUUGCCCGUUAUAA